AUGUUCAAAUCGCCAUUCCUUAUGAGAAUUCAUUUCAAUAGAGUCCACACAACAGACAAACCGUUUAAAUGUCCGCACAAUGAAUGCGGUAAAGAGUUUGCAUACAAACAGUGUUUGGACAGCCAUUUGGUCAGUCAUACGACUGGUCGGCCAUUUGUAUGCGAUUUCAUUGGCUGUCAGCGGAGUUAUAAGAAUGAAAUCUCUCUUCAGACACACAAACUGAUCCAUUUGAGUGAACCGACCAUUAAGUGUAGUGUCGAGGGCUGUGGCGAACGGUUCUAUACACGCAUGAAGAUGAAGAAACACCGAGAGGUCGUACACUCUAUACCUUUUUAUAAGUUUUGUCCUAAGCCUGAGAAUCGGGUGCCCUGUCUGUGGCCGGGCUGUGACUUCACCACUUAUCGCGGCAAUUAUGUACUCAAACUCCAUGCCCUCAAACACACGGGUGAAAAGCCGGUUGUCUGCGAUUGGCCCGAAUGUGGCAAACGGUUCGCCCGAAUGGAUCAUCUGAAGGACCACAUGAAUGCCCACAAGAAUGUGAAGCCGUAUGCCUGUCAUUGGCCCGGAUGUCAGUACCGGUGCUCUUACGGGUCUAAUAUAACCAUACAUUAUAAACAGGUGCACAAAAAGUGA